AUGGAGAAAGAGAGAGAGGGAGGCCUUGUAUUUAGUUUACGAAUGGGAAUGCGAAUUGGAAAAGAAGACACUGUGACUUUCUUUCUACGAAGUCCCCACAACCUUAUUAUUACUGCAUGGUUUAUUCUCCCUUUCCUGAGAAGCUUCCUUCUGCCCUUUAGGGGAAAGCAUACAAUCAAACAUAACAUGAACGAAAUUAUUACUCGCUUUUUUAGUUGUUCCCCACACUGUAAGCCUGAAGUUCUGGGCCGCAUCUUUCAUGACGUCGAGAAUUUGUGUAACACCUUCCAUUUCUACUGUCGUGACGCCAAUUGGGGAGUGACACAACAGGAAAAACUUUGCAUCUAUGGUGGGCUUCCUAUUACUAUUAAGAAGAGCAACAGUGACCACACUUCUUUAACCCCAGACAGCCGUGAGCAAGCGCCACCACAUCGUUAUGUCUUGCCCUUGCAGAUAUGGCUGACGCACUUGUACCCCAUUGAGCCUCCUCUGGUGUUUCUCCUCAGCGCGGAACAAGGCUGCAGGAUAGCGAGCAACCACAAAUACGUUGAUGCUACCGGACGUUGUCACACGCCGGAGCUAGCAGCAUGGCAUCCAGUUUCAUCCUCACUUUGUGAUGUUGUCAAGAAGCUGGGCCAGUUACUCUCAGCUGAAGGCUUAAUUCCGCUUUGUUUUGGUGAAGAAGGCGUCAGCUCACCACCAAAAGGCCAUGCGACAGCAGUCUCAGAGCGAUUGUGUCAUGGAUUAGAAAAUGGUGACGAUGAUAAACGGACGGAUGAGCAUGAGAGGUGCGUGGUGUGCUUUUCUCCCAAGGAAACGGUGCUCGUUCCAUGUGGACAUUAUUGCUUAUGCGAUGCAUGCGCAACAAAUGUGACUCAUUGCCCACUGUGUCGUGGGUCGGUCAAGUUCCGUCAGCGUGUGUUUUCAUGA